AUGAACAAGCUUCAGAUAAAGGUGGAAACCUUCCUAUGGGGUAAACCGCCCUCCGACCGGAAAGAGAGAAAGUUGUUAUUGAAGUUGGACUUGGUCAUAUUGUCCUAUGUCUGUUUAUCCUAUUUGGACAGAGCAAAUCUUGCUAAUGCUUAUACGACUGGAAUGAAAGAAGAUUUGAACUUCAAAGGAAAUGAUUAUACCUAUGCUGGCUCGAUGUUCACCGCCGGAUACGUUAUCGGACAAUGGCCCUCUGCCUUGAUCCUGUCGUCUGGACGUAUCUCCCCUAGAUUUUGGUUCCCGUUCUGUAUGGUAGCUUGGGGUUUAUGUACACUUGGUACUGCCUGGGCUAAAACACCACAUCAAGUCUGGGGUAUACGUUUUACUCAAGCCUUAUUCGAAGCUUCUACAUUUAGUGGUACUCAUUAUAUCUUGGGUUCAUGGUACAAAGAUCACGAGUUGGGUAAACGAAGUGCAGUGUUCGCAACUGCCGCUCAAAUGGGCACUCUGUUCUCCGGUAUCAUGCAAGGUGGAAUCAUUUCAAACCUAGAUGGUAAAAAUGGUUUGGAAGGAUGGCAAUUCCUCUUCAUCAUUGAUUUUGCCAUUACUAUCCCUAUCGCGAUUUAUGGAUUCUUGAUGUUCCCCGGUACACCCCAUACCACCAAGGCCUUCUGGUUAACAGAGGAAGAGAGGGAGAUGUGUCUACGUCGACUACCCCAUACGGAUCACGUCAAGAUGACACCUAAAACUUUGGGUAAAUCAAUCAAGAAGAUGUUGUCCGACUGGAGAUGGUAUCUGUUCACUGCUCUAUUUACCGUCUCAGCUACUAGUUUUGAGAAAGUUGGAGUUUACACGGAAUUCAAUCUUUGGUUGAAAAGUGCUGGGUACUCAAAACAACAAAUCUCAUACUACCCCUCAAUCUUCACUGCCAUGGCUAUUCUUUCGACGUACAUCCUAACCCUUAUAUCUGAUCAAACUCGAAAUCGAUUCAUCAUCAAUCCGAUAAUGUACCUUGCGGUUUUCAUCAGCAGUGUGAUGUUACUCAAUUGGAACCAUCUAAAUAAAGGCGCUCAUUUCUUUGCCUAUAUCAUUGGUGGUUUGGGUUAUGCCGGUCAAGCUUCCAACUUCGCUUGGGCCAACGAAAUGUGUAGGGACGAUGAUGUGUUACGAUCGAUUACUCUAUUUUCUAUGAACCGGAAUCUAUGGUAUCAGAUCGUCGCAUGGCCAGUCGUCGAAGCUCCUAGAUUUAGAAAUGGUCAAAUCGCGACUCUAGUCACAGGUGCAGCCUCAGUCGCGAUUGCUGUCGCCAUCGUAUAUUGCUCUAGGAAAUAUCCUCCGGCUUUACCCUCGGCUGAGAUCGUAGAGAUCGAUGGCAAGUUGACCGACGUUACUCAUAACACUCACACAACGAGUAACGUAAGUAAUCAUGGAGAAGGGGAAGGUGAUAUCGAAAGCAAAGACGUAGAGAAUUUACAUGGAGCUAUAUCGGCUGUCAAGCAUGUGUAG